CAACUAUUUCGAAGCUGCAACACAAUCACCAACUUCCCCCAAGCCACGCUGCCAUCAUGUCGUCUGUACCGCCCAUAGUGACCAAUGCACCUCCUGACGAACCUCCCCCAUCCUACGAAGAGGCAGUAGGCUCUUCAAACAACUCAAACAACCCCUUUCUACAACCAGUACGACCAGUCCCCGCACGGCCCGCACCGUCCUCUGCAAGUCCGAGUGGCCCAUUCCGUCCUCGAGCGCACUCGGCCCGGGCAGAAUCAACGCAACCUUCCCUCCCGACCAGCCCAGACCCAGCAGCGCCACCAAGUCCCAGCAGACUCUCGCCAUACCCAGCCUACCAAAAUGAACACCGUCGAGCGGCAUCAUCGCCCUCGUCACCCGCCGCCGCACGGCCCCAACCCGGCGCGAGCAGCAGCGCACAAGCCCCGAAACCGGGCCCCAUGGCCCCCAUGGCCCCCAUCCCGCGCCAGUUCCCGACCGCCUUCGACGUCUACCGUCUCCCCUUCACCGACGACAUGGUCCUCGGCGAGCACCCUUCCGAGCCCAUCUACGCCCUCGAAAUCCGCGCCGGUUUCCGCCGCGACGUCGAGCUCGUCCUCCACUCCGGGCCCACCAUGGGCCACCCUCCCCUCGCCACCCUCGAGGAACCCCCGCCGUUCGGCCAGAACCAGAAUAUGCUCGUGCGCCUCCCGCCGUCGCCCUUCCCGGGUGCCCCCGCCGUGGUGGCGCUGGAGACGGUCGUCGACUUUCCCCGCGUGGGGUUCGAGUUUGCCCUCGAGGUGGGCAAUGGCAGUGGUGGUAGUGGUGGUCAGGUGCCGAUGGAGCGGUUCGAGUGGCGCCGCAGCCGGGGCGACGCCGUGGCCAGGCUUGGCGGGAUAGGGUACGGGUGGAAGCUCGUGCGGUUGGCGAAUGGGCCGCCGGCGGGGUCGGAUCGCGCGGCGUGGGCGAGACAUAUCGUGGCCAGGGGGAGUGACGGGGCCGAGGUCGUUGCGGCGGUUUCCGAGUCGUCGUCGUUUAUGAAUCUUAGCAAGGUCCUGCGCUUUGGCUUUUUCGGCACGGGGGAUUCGGGUUUGUUGGGCGAGAGGUGGGCUAUUAUGGCGGUGAUGACGGCUCUGGGGUUGCAUCACCGGUAUCAGCAAGGCCGGGACAGACGGAGGUGGGCAUGAGUUGUGGUGUUUCUUUCAUGGUUCUUUUUUUUUUUUCAUUUUCUCUUCAUAUCCCCUUCUCUACAGUCCCUGUCUUCUUAGUUCGCAGUCUACUUUCAGCCAGUUUCUAUCCGAAUAAGGCCAUGCCAUGCUAAGAA